AUGGUGGUACAUGGUGGUACAGUACCAGAUGAUCUUCUCUACUCAAACCAUGGUGGUACAGUAACAGAUGGUCUUCUCUACUCAAACCAUGGUGGUACAGUAACAGAUGAUCUUCUCUACUCAAACCAUGGUGAUACAGUACCAGAUGAUCUUCUCUACUCAAACCAUAGUGAUACAGUACCAGAUGAUCUUCUCUACUCAAACCAUAGUGAUACAGUACCAGAUGGUCUUCUCUACUCAAACCAUGGUGGUACAGUAACAGAUGGUCUUCUCAACUCAAACCAUGGUGGUACAGUACCAGAUGAUCUUCUCUACUCAAACCAUGGUGGUACAGUAACAGAUGGUCUUCUCUACUCAAACCAUGGUGGUACAGUAACAGAUGGUCUUCUCUACUCAAACCAUGGUGGUACAGUACCAGAUGAUCUUCUCUACUCAAACCAUGGUGGUACAGUAACAGAUGGUCUUCUCUACUCAAACCAUGGUGGUACAGUACCAGAUGAUCUUCUCUACUCAAACCAUGGUGGUACAGGUCUUCUCUACUACAGUACAGUAACAGAUGGUCUUCUCUACUCAAACCAUGGUGGUACAGUCAAACCAGAUGAUCUUCUCUACUCAAACCAUGGUGGUACAGUACCAGAUGGUCUUCUCUACUCAAACCAUGGUGGUACAGUACCAGAUGAUCUUCUCUACUCAAACCAUGGUGGUACAGUAACAGAUGGUCUUCUCUACUCAAACCAUGGUGGUACAGUAACAGAUGGUCUUCUCUACUCAAACCAUGGUGAUACAGUAACAGAUGAUCUUCUCUACUCAAACCAUGGUGGUACAGUAACAGAUGGUCUUCUCUACUCAAACCAUGGUGGUACAGUAACAGAUGGUCUUCUCAACUCAAACCCUGGUGAUACAGUAACAGAUGGUCUGCUCUACUCAAACAACGGUGGUACAGUACCAGGUGGUCUUCUCUACUCAAACCAUGGCGGUACAGUACCAGAUGGUCUUCUCUACUCAAACCAUGGUGAUACAGUACCAGAUGGUCUUCUCAACUCAAACCAUGGUGGUACAGUACCAGAUGGUCUUCUCUACUCAAACCAUGGUGAUACAGUACCAGAUGGUCUUCUCUACUCAAACCAUGGUGGUACAGUACCAGAUGGUCUUCUCUACUCAAACCAUGGUGGUACAGUAACAGAUGGUCUUCUCUACUCAAACCAUGGUGGUACAGUAACAGAUGGUCUUCUCUACUCAAACCAUGGUGGUACAGUAACAGAUGGUCUUCUCUACUCAAACCAUGGUGAUACAGUAACAGAUGGUCUUCUCUACUCAAACCAUGGUGGUACAGUAACAGAUGGUCUUCUCUACUCAAACCAUGGUGGUACAGUACCAGAUGAUCUUCUCUACUCAAACCAUGGUGGUACAGUAACAGAUGGUCUUCUCAACUCAAACCAUGGUGAUACAGUACCAGAUGAUCUUCUCUACUCAAACCAUGGUGGUACAGUACCAGAUGGUCUUCUCUACUCAAACCAUGGUGGUACAGUAACAGAUGGUCUUCUCAACUCAAACACUGGUGGUACAGUAACAGAUGGUCUUCUCAACUCAAACACUGGUGGUACAGUAACAGAUGGUCUUCUCUACUCAAACCAUGGUGGUACAGUAACAGAUGGUCUUCUCUACUCAAACCAUGGUGGUACAGUACCAGAUGGUCUUCUCUACUCAAACCAUGGUGGUACAGUAACAGAUGGUCUUCUCUACUCAAACCAUGGUGGUACAGUAACAGAUGGUCUUCUCUACUCAAACCAUGGUGGUACAGUACCAGAUGGUCUUCUCUACUCAAACCAUGGUGGUACAGUACCAGGUGGUCUUCUCUACUCAAACCAUGGCGGUACAGUACCAGAUGAUCUUCUCUACUCAAACCAUGGCGGUACAGUACCAGAUGAUCUUCUCUACUCAAACCAUGGCGGUACAGUAACAGAUGAUCUUCUCUACUCAAACCAUGGCGGUACAGUACCAGAUGGUCUUCUCUACUCAAACCAUGGCGGUACAGUACCAGAUGGUCUUCUCUACUCAAACCAUGGUGAUACAGUAACAGAUGGUCUUCUCUACUCAAACCAUGGUGAUACAGUACCAGAUGGUCUUCUCAACUCAAACCAUGGUGGUACAGUAACAGAUGAUCUUCUCUACUCAAACCAUGGUGGUACAGUAACAGAUGAUCUUCUCUACUCAAACCAUGGUGGUACAGUACCAGAUGGUCUUCUCUACUCAAACCAUGGUGGUACAGUAACAGAUGGUCUUCUCUACUCAAACCAUGGUGAUACAGUAACAGAUGAUCUUCUCUACUCAAACCAUGGUGGUACAGUAACAGAUGGUCUUCUCUACUCAAACCAUGGUGGUACAGUAACAGAUGGUCUUCUCAACUCAAACCCUGGUGAUACAGUAACAGAUGGUCUGCUCUACUCAAACAACGGUGGUACAGUACCAGGUGGUCUUCUCUACUCAAACCAUGGUGAUACAGUACCAGAUGGUCUUCUCAACUCAAACCCUGGUGAUACAGUAACAGAUGGUCUGCUCUACUCAAACCAUGGUGAUACAGUAACAGAUGGUCUUCUCAACUCAAACACUGGUGAUACAGUAACAGAUGGUCUGCUCUACUCAAACAACGGUGGUACAGUACCAGGUGGUCUUCUCUACUCAAACCAUGGCGGUACAGUACCAGAUGGUCUUCUCUACUCAAACCAUGGUGGUACAGUACCAGAUGGUCUUCUCUACUCAAACCCUGGUGAUACAGUAACAGAUGGUCUUCUCUACUCAAACCAUGGUGGUACAGUACCAGAUGGUCUUCUCAACUCAAACACUGGUGGUACAGUAACAGAUGGUCUGCUCUACUCAAACUUAGGUGGAGAUAAAUAA